UCUGAUGAGACUAUGUGGCAACUGCAGAGACAUGCCACCAGACGACUGGUCUGCAAUAAUGUCUGGUUGACGAGAGGAUGCUUAAAGCAACAGGGUAGCCCCAACCACUCUGACUGGGUCGGCCCGCGAGGGUGAAGGUUGUUCUUCGGCGGAGUUUCCGGAAGUGGUGCAGAGGGCGCAGCCGGAGAUUUCGUCAGACCCCGGGCGGCUGCUUGUUUGGCUUCAGCUAAUUGUUGGGAAAAAUGAUGAUUGCACGGGACAGGGCAACUCUGAUAAUCGUGAGACGGUCGCAAAAUUGAAGAUCUUCAAGGUGGCAGGGUCUCAAGAGGAUAUCUCCGGGAUACUGUAUUUCGUUGUUCUGUAAGUUAAGGAAGGCAGGCGAAAAUUCAAUUAAGGUCUCCAUGCAGCUUUCAUGUCCAUCAAGGUCCUGUAUUUCUUGGACAACAGAUGGUAUAAUGCCCAAACAGAGGAUAAUGCCGUGCAUGAGGCAAUGGCGGUGGAGGUGGCGGGCUAAAAAUGGUGGUGGGUCAUGGGGUUGGCGCUUCAACAUCGUUGGUGCUUUGUCUGUGCGUCAUAUAACGAGCAAUGCAGAGGACAAACCGGCCAUCUGCACAGCUGAUGAGUUACACUAUGUGUCGGUGCCUGGAACUGAGUGGCAACUCGCUCUUUGGCGUUAUGCCCCAACCCCAGGGGCCACUUCCAGAAACCAUCCUUUGUUGCUAUUAUCUGGUGUAGGAACGAAUGCUAUCGGAUAUGAUCUGUCACCUGGGUAUUCAUUUGCAAGACAUAUGUCUGGAGAAGGAUUCGAUACAUGGAUUCUGGAAGUCCGUGGUGCUGGUUUGAGCAAAAGGCAGGGGCUAUCCAAUUCUCAGGGCAACUUGCCUAAUGGACCUAAGCAGGAUCUUGUAGCGCCUAUUGAUGUAGGUGUCACAGAUGGUUCACUAACUAUUGCGAAACAGUCAGCCCUAGAGGCCAGUGAUUUGUUGGGUACUGGGAGUUCUGAUUUGGACAUAAACAAAAGUAAUAGUAGAUGGGAUGAGUCUGAACUGGUAUCCAAAUUAUCUGAUAUUUUCAUGCGUUUGGCUGAAAGAUUAUCUGGUUUCCUCAGUGAAGGUCAAUCAAGGAUUGUAUCUGCUAAAUUAUUUGACCAAAUAUCAGAUUUCUUAGAAGAUGCUCAGCUAUUAGAUCGUUUUAAUGAGGUCAGAGGAAAGAUUUCAGGUUUGCUUGAAGCCAGGCAAAAUUCAGCCAUGGCUGGCCAAAUUAGAGACCUAAGUCAGAGGCUUGUAAAUAUCAUUGAAGAUGGACAAAAAUCUAUGUCACCACAAUUAUAUGAUUUGCAAGAGCGCCUUGCUACUACACUAGAGGACUUCCAGAAACAACUUGACCUUAUUGUGAAAUAUGAUUGGGAUUUCGACCACUAUCUGAAAGAAGAUGUACCCACAGCUAUGAGAUACAUCCUGGCAGAAACCAAACCCAAGGAUGGGAAGCUGCUUGCUAUUGGCCAUUCAAUGGGUGGUAUCCUGUUAUAUUCUAUGCUUUCGCAUCAUGGUUUUGAAGGAAGUAAAGCAACAUUGGCUGCGGUUGUGACAUUAGCUGCUUCCCUUGAUUACACACCAUCAAAUUCAUCCCUUAAGUUGUUACUGCCCCUUGCAGACCCAGCACAGGCUCUUAAUGUUCCCGUCGUUCCACUUGGUGCAUUGUUGUCUGCAGCAUAUCCUCUUUGUACCCGACCUCCCUAUGUCUUGUCUUGGUUAAAUCCUCAAAUUUCAGCAGGGGAUAUGAUGCAUCCUGAGCUGUUUGAGAAGCUAGUUUUGAAGAAUUUCUGUACAAUACCUGCCAAAGUUCUUUUGCAGCUUACAACUGCCUUCCGUUCUGGUGGGCUACGUGACAGAAGUGGCAAUUUUUUUUACAAGGAUCACCUACACAACUGUGAUGUCCCUGUCUUAGCACUUGCUGGAGACGAAGAUUUGAUCUGCCCACCUAUAGCUGUAUAUGAAACUGUAAAAUUCAUACCAGCACACCUGGUAACUUAUAAAGUAUUUGGGGGCAAAGACGGUCACCAUUAUGCUCAUUAUGAUCUUGUUGGUGGACGACUGGCUAAAAGUGAAGUAUAUCCUUGCAUAAUCGAAUUUCUUGCUCGUCAUGACGUUGUCGAUACUUCGUGAAGCUGGCUAUUGGUCCUUGACAGAAAAUUUUGCGCCUGCAGUCAAUGGAGGUUCGUCAUUUUCAAAAGAAACCUUCAUAUUUCAGAAGGAAUCAUUUACACGAGGGACAUUGCUGUCUCUCUCUCUCUCUUUUUCUCUGUGUCAAUAUAUGGGGAUAUAAUACCACCAGGCGUUUUUUUCCAGAAUGAAUACUACAAUAUACACAUCAUAUCCCCUACAAAUAGGGGAUAUAACCCCAGCAGGUGUUUUCGAGGACCAGGAUCCUGCAAUGAUGCGGCGAUCAUUUUGUAACGGAGUUGUCUUUGAGAAACUGAAACUCUCGAUCCCCGUAGGGGACUUGUAACCAUUUCGAGUCUCGCACUCUAUGCAUACUGAUCUUGCAGAAAAAUGUAUUAUUUUGUCAAUGAAAUGAAUAUAGUUGCAGAAGAA